AUUUGACACAAUGUCGUUUAAUCUUAGUUUCGCAUGUAAGAAACUAAUCGUAGAUAAAAAAUAUUUCGCACGGUAAUUUAUUUCAUCCGCCUGACCAGCCCGACAUAAGUGUAGCGGUAAUAAUAAAUACUCAGUCUAUGGACGAUUGGAUUUAACUUUUGCUUGAAGUUUUAACCUCUCGUCGAGAAAUGAAACUAAUGAAAGAUUCCUAAACCCACAAGGCUUUGACAGCUAAUAAAUUUGAGGUUAUAAAACAGCAAAGUGUAUAAGUAUAUUAACGUUAUACUAUUUUGUUGGUAAUUGAUAAAAAAAGAAUUGAACUAUCUCCGUAAUUCGUAUUCAUUAUAAAUUUUACAAUGGCUGGAAAAACGAAAAAAAUUGAACUUCCAAAAUCUGUCUUAGAAAUGAAAUUCAUGAAGAAAACAAGAGAGAGAAUAGAAAAAGAAUUGCAAAACACUCAAGACCAUGGUAGGCUAUAUUCUGAUAUAAUAACAAACGAAAUGAGAAGUGCGUCUGGUAACUUCAUAUCAGAAUCAAGUUUUAUAUUUUGUGAAACAAUGCUGGAUGGAAGAUUAUCAUUUAAAGGUAUGAACCCUGAGAUAGAACGCCUUAUGGAAAUGGAAAAGGCUGAAGCUGAGAAACCUAGUGGUGAAAUGGUUAAAGAUGUCUCAGAUGAUAUUCUAGCUAAGAAAAUGGCGAAAUUAAAUAAGAUGAAACGGCCAAGUGCAAGCCCCGUAGUUAGCGAAUUGUCCAAAAUUAAGAGAAAAAAAUAAAUUUCCUACUAUACCUUAGAAACGGAUGUAAAUAUUCUUAGAUUAUGUAUCUAGUCUGGUAAGUUAUUUUAUAAUUGUCAAAUGUAAUUUUAAGUUAACUUGGUAUUUUAAGCAUACAGACUGGAUUUUAUGUUAUUACUCAUUAAUAAAUUUUCAAUAAAAUAGCUUGAUUAGUAUGUUAGUUUUUGUGGGAAAAUUACCAACUGGUAUUUUAUAAAAUAUAAUAUUUUAUAUAAAUAGGUAAAACCUCCCUGUAUAAAUCAGGAAUGAAAAUGUUUUGUAAAAGUAUGUAAGAAACUUAGGCAACAAUUAUUAUAGUUUUUAAAAAUAAAGUGACCCUUGGAUCUAAAAAUGUGUAUUUUCUUUUAAUCCUUAAAAAUCCUUUUAGAACUUACACCUAAGUAAGAGUGUUCAACUGACAAGAUACACAUAAGAUAAAAUUUGGUUUUAGUGAGUACUUAAGUUGCACAAAAACAAGAUAAAAUUUGAUUAUUUAUUUUAUUGUUAAUAAAUAUAUUUAAGUUGCUGUAUGUAUGCAUUUCAAACAUUUAAGUCUAAGUCAGCCUAUGUCAACAGUGAGAUACAAUUAUGAAAAUUAAUU